AUGGCAGCCAACAACAGUUUUGACUUCAAGUUCAGCCAGUGUUUCGGAGACAAGGCAGAUAUUGUGGUGACGGAGGCGGACAUCAUAACGGCGGUGGAGUUUGACCAUAGUGGAGAUUUUUUAGCGACCGGAGACAGGGGCGGUAGAGUCGUGCUUUUUGAGCGUAACAACAGCAAGCACUGCGAAUACAAGUUUUUGACAGAGUUUCAGUCUCACGACGCGGAAUUCGACUACCUGAAGUCCCUCGAAAUUGAGGAGAAAAUCAACCAGAUCAAAUGGUGUCGUCCCACCAACCAAUCGCAUUUCCUGCUGAGCACCAACGAUAAGACCGUCAAGCUGUGGAAGGUGUACGAAAAGAAUAUUAAGCUUGUGAGCGAGAAUAAUCUCAGUGAAGGUGCGCUAAGCAACUUCUCCGGCUCCACACCAAAAGCGCACCACGGUAACGGAGCUGCCAAAGCAGUCUUAUCACUGUCCACACUGAAGUUACCGCGACUUUCUCAGCACGACAAAAUCAUUGCUGCAGCGCCCAAGAAAAUUUACAGUAACGCACACACAUAUCACAUCAACUCCAUAUCGAUAAAUUCCGAUCAAGAAACCUUUAUUAGCGCAGACGACCUUAGAAUAAAUUUGUGGAAUCUAGACAUACCGGACCAGUCCUUCAACAUCGUGGAUAUCAAACCAGCGAAUAUGGAAGAGCUGACAGAAGUAAUUACAAGUGCAGAUUUUCACCCGCAACAUUGUAAUUUGUUCAUGUACUCGUCUUCAAAAGGGACAAUCAAGUUAACAGAUAUGCGACAAAAUGCACUAUGUGAUUUCCGCGCCAAGACCUUCGAAGAAUAUUUGGACCCCAUAAACCACAAUUUUUUCACAGAAAUCACGUCCUCGAUAUCGGAUGUCAAAUUCAGUCCGGACGGGCGCUAUAUUGCGUCCAGAGAUUAUCUCACUGUCAAAAUAUGGGAUGUGAAUAUGGAUAACAAACCUGUGAAAACGAUCAACGUCCAAGACCAAUUAAAGGAUCGUUUAAGCGACACUUACGAGAAUGAUGCCAUAUUCGACAAAUUCGAGGUCAACUUCAGUGGUAACAGCACCAGUUUGAUGACCGGGUCUUACAAUAACACAUUCAUGAUGUAUCCAGAUGUGGUUGGCGGCAAGACAAGUAACUCGCCGCCUAUGGACGAAAUAGUUCUACAGGCAGACAAGACAGCAUUCAAAUCCAAGAAAUUGGGAUCAUUGGAACAACAAAGUGCGCGGAACAAACAAUGGGGUGAUGACAUAGAUUUUAAGAAAUCAAUAUUGCAUUUCUCAUGGCAUCCAAGCGAAAACAGUGUGGCAAUCGCGGCAACGAAUAAUCUAUUCAUAUUUUCAGCAUUAUAA